CUUUUAUUCUUUAUUCAGAUUGAGGGACUGCAGUUUGUCAGAGAUCAGCUGUGAUUAUCUGGUCUCAGCUCUGAAGUCCAACCCCUCCCAUCUGAGAGAGCUGGACCUGAGUAACAACAAGCUGCAGGAUUCAGGAGUGAAGCUGCUGUCUGACCUUUUGGAGAGUCCACACUGUAGACUGGAGACUCUGAGCAUCGAUAACACAAUGAUCCCAACUGACAAACCAAGAAAACACAACUCUGAUGUCAAACUGAAUGUGAAAGAAAACCUGCUCAAUGAUGACAUUGAGACAAGAAAGGAGCCGCUGGACAGUGUGAAGUCCUCCAGUUAUGACAAGAUGGCUCCAUUAUCCUUCUCACCUGAACACACAGCUGAAUCUUCAUACAGGUUCAGGUGUCCUGGUCCAGGUGUGUUCAAGUGUGCUUUGACGGAACUGGUGUUUGUUAUGGCUCAGGAGGCGGAGCUGCUGUACAGGACUGUCCAAUGGGAUGAGAGCCUCCUCCAAUCAGAGGGGAAGAUGGCUGCAGGGCCGCUGUUCAAAAUCCAGUGUUCUGAAAACGCUGUCUGUCAGCUCCACCUCCCACACUGUGAAACAACGGAUGUACUGCUUGUUGAUGGCCUGUUGUCUGUCCUCCACAUCACUGAUGAUGGAAUGAGCGUAUUAAAGCCACUGGAGAUUACAGACACUCAUGUGGUUGUGAAGGUCUCUCACCCCUCUGCCUUUGGCCUCAUCUGGGAUUACGUUAAAAGAUUUCUGAACAUCUCACUGCCAGUAAUUGGCCAAGUUCUGCUGUCCAUCCGACCUCUGGACAUAGAACACCCAGUACUCGACGUAUUCCUGCUGCAAGGCAACAUCCCUCUGCAUGAGGUUGCCGCCCAACAAGGAGAUGCUGAGAACAUCAGGAUCUUCUCAACUUUCUGUCAUCUCAACCUUGGUGAAAGUUACAGUGUCCGCUGUGAACCUGAGGGCACCACAAUAAAGCCUGAUCGUGCACCAUUUCACACAGAGUAUGGACCCACUUUCAGUCCAACGUUUGAAGUUUUCCUGUUGACAAACCCACACAAAGUCACUCUGAUGGUCCAGGACCAAGAGAAGAAAGAAGUGCUGAAACAUGUCAUGUAUCUGACAGGUCUAAGGAGGGAAAAUCAACAGAGGAAGGUCUCAGUAGAGGACAGGGUCCCAGUAGAGGACAGGGUCCCAGUACAGGACGGGGUCCCAGCGGAGGACGGGGUCCCAGCGGAGGAGAGGGUCCCAAUAGAGGAGAGGGUCCCAAUAGAGGAGAGGGUCCCAAUAGAGGAGAGGGUCCCAGCGGAGGAGAGGGUGCGUUCCAUCCGGACACAGUUUGUAGUAAGAGUGUCUGAACCUGUUCUGAACCUGCUCCUGGAUAAACUCUUCCACCAUCGCAUUAUAAAUGAUGAUGAAAUGGAGUCAGCCAAAUCAAAAGUCAGAGCAGAGAGAGCGCGAGAUGUCAAUGACAUUGCGCGAAAAAAGGGAGCUGAAGCCAGCUCGGUCCUGAUCGCGGCUCUCUGUGAGGUGGAUCCAUGCCUCUCCAAAGAACUGAAAUUAAUGUGAAGCCAAAGCAAGAAACUGUAUGAACUGCAAACCUUCAGUAUUUAACGUCUGUGAAUAAAAGAUUGACAUAAUAGUUUGUGCCUUAUAUUUAAUGACAUUUCUGAAACUGGGUAAAGAUAACAUUAACAUGAUGAUAUAUUUUCCACGUACACAUUUUAUACUCAUUAGAGUUGUUUGAUGUAAAUGUGACCCCAGGCUGUUUUAGCUUUAUAAAACCUAUAUACGAACAUGUUACGGCCCUGGCCGUAUUGUUAUUUGGUUUUCGUCUGUUGUGUGCUUUGUAUUUUGUCCCUGUUUUUCUAGUGUGCCGCCUGUCUUGCGGGAGAUCUCUGUUUUGUAAUAGCGUUGUGGUUGGCGAGUUGUGGAGUUAGUAUUAUAUUGUUUUUUUGUAUAGUUGUAUAUAGUGGGUGUUGUAGGGGUGAACUGCCAUUUUCUUUUGUGCUGUCUUUCUCCUGUUUUUCAUUAGGUUAGUGAAUGUCUUUUGUUUUACUCCCUUUUUUUUUGUAUGUUAAAAAGGGAUUACCGGUAGUCAGCAUUUUGUUUGAGAGAGUUAGAUCUGUUUUGUUUGUUGUUUUGGCCUCGGUUCACCCUGAAGUUUGUUCCUGGUUUUUGUUGCACUUUUUCCCCAUUUGUAAAUAAAUCACUUCACUUGUUGUUAAACCUGUGUCCAUUGUUGGUUUGGGGAUCGGGGAAGUAUUAUUGGUUAUUAUUUUCUUCUUACAUUUAAGUUUCGCUCCUUCCCCCUAGACAGGGGGGUAACAAACAUUUUACAAACUUGUCCUGGUGGUUUUGUCUGAUAUUGAGGUCACUAUUUUACAAUCCCU